AUCAUUUGAACUACAAUGUAUCAAUGAAUCAAUGUCCAUCUGUGUAUAUAUUAAAACUAAAUGCAGUGCAGAUGAUUCAAAUCAAAUAGACACUUCACGGAUUAUUGAGACAUCUCAGCAUUUUUCUUCCCACCUCUAGGUCAGAAAUGAGUAGAGCAGGAACGUUUCAGUUGGAUUUAUCCUCGAACUAACAAUGAAAAGAGCGUCCACACACAGACACACACACCAUACCAGAAGAGGAGCGUGGGGGGUGGGGGGGGUGGGAGAGAGAGAAAUGCUACAGAUGCAGGAGGUGGUGCUUGGACACAUUUUAGAGGCGUAAAGGCCUGCCUCAUUUGGCGCAGAUCAGAUCUUUUACAAAAAGCCACAUCCAGCACUCAAAACAAGAGAAAGUCGCCGCCGGCUGCUGCCAGCAUCCUCAUCCCACUGCAGGAGUAACAGCAGCCUGACUGUUGCAUCAACAACACAUAGCUGGACAUGAAUACCGGCGGUCUGCGUGGCAUUCUGGACAUCAGCAACACAACCUGGGCUCUGUCGGAGCGCUCCGUGCUGCAGCCCAUGUGGGAUUACCUUCAGCAGAACCACGAGAGCACCUUACGCUCUCCGCUGUUUCCCGUCAUCCUCUCGGUGUCCAUGUACCUGGUGCUGGUGUUCUUCUACACAGUGCUGGACCUGCUCGCACCUACCUGGCCCUCCAUCCAACGCUUCCAGAUCCAACAGGACCGCACUGUCACCUGGUCCAACAUCGGCUCCACUUUGGCACUCACCACCUACAACCAUCUGCUCUACAUCUUCCCCGCUGCCAUAGCCCAGUGGCUCUGGCGGCCGCCCGUGCCGCUGCCCCGCGAGGCGCCCACGCUCACCGCCUUCUUGCUGGGAAUCGUGGGCUGCACCGUGGUGUUCGACUUCCAGUACUACUUGUGGCACCUCCUGCAUCACCGCAUUGGCUGGCUCUACCGCACCUUCCAUGCACUCCACCACCAGUAUCGCCAAACCUUCAGCCUGGUUACGCAAUACUUGUCCGCUUGGGAGCUCUUCAGCGUUGGCUUCUGGACCACCGUGGAUCCUUUGCUCCUCCAGUGCCACUGUCUCACCGCCUGGGCGUUCAUGCUCUUUAACAUCUGGGUGUCAACUGAGGACCACUGUGGGUACGACUUCCCUUGGGCAAUGCAUCGUCUGGUUCCCUUCGGCCUUUGGGGUGGAGCGCUGCGGCACAAUGCUCACCAUCAGCAGCCGGGCACCAAUUUUGCACCUUUCUUCGCCCACUGGGACUGGCUGGGGGGAACCGCAACCAUGCCGGCUCCUGUAAAGACAAAAACACAGAAAGAAAGGGACGAAAAGGAAGCCUGAGGCUCUGCUUUCCAUUUCACACCCUCGCUCUCAUCUCUCUCUUCACUCCAUCUGUCCCGCCCUGUCUCGCAUGUUCCCCGUCUCUAUUCAUCUUCUCCCUGAACUGCAGAUCAAGUGUCUUACUAACAAACCAGUAGAGAAGCAAACAGCACAUUACCGGCAAAAGUGUCCUGCUCCUUGAAUGUACAAAGUAUCUUUUCUAGCAAAUCUAUUUUUCUAAAUAAUAAUAAUAAUAAAAAAAACUCUUUAGCAUUUGAUGGCCAAUUAGUGGAGUUUUGUGGCAUAUCUCAGGUUUGUAGUUUUGGCCUAAUGUCUUUCAAAACGAUGAUGUGUGUUCAAAAUGGCUUGUAUUCCAAUGCUUGUUAUUGUAAUUUGACAUUUUUUACUAAACUCAGGUCAAUAAAAUGCUGUUUUGUUUGUUAAGUUUACCUUCAGCUGUGUUGAUAUGCAUUUGAGGAUGCCUUGCAACCUAUGGAUUACUCAAAAAAAAAAAAAAUACACACACACACACUGACCAUUAUAAAUGUUAGAAAAGAGGAGCGUAUGAAGUAACUUUGCAUGUUGGCUGACACAGUUGGCUCACUGUGAUUGCUAGAAAGAACUAAGACUACUUACAUAAUCAUCCCUGCUGCUGUUUACAUUUGCUAAUAUAAAUUCAAAAUGUUCAACAGCACGAGUAAUUUUGAGCCUGAUAAUUGGGUUGACAUAGUCAUUGAAAAGUUUAAGGCACAAUUUACUCAGCCUAAUGUCAUUCCAACUUUGUAUUACUGUCUUUCUUUCAUGAAACAUAAAAUUAGAUGUUUGCCAGAAUGUCCGAGCUGCUCUUCCAGCGAAAGUGGAUAGUGAUUUAGUUGUAAAAUCAAGACAAAAUGCACAACAUUUCAUGACUUCUGAAGCCAUACAGUAUAUGUGUUUGACAAACGGACCAAAGUUUAAGCCACCAGAGCGCUUAAGAUAUGUUUACUUUAAAACUGAUGCAUCAUUCCUGGUUGUUCAUCACUGAGGCUUAAUACUAUCUGUUCUUGAAUGUCACAUGACCAAUCAAGUAAAAAAAAAAAGUGACUGUAUAUAACAUUGGAGAACUGCAUAAGGUAUUAAAGGAAUAAGUCAUACAUAUGUCAUAAUUUACUUACUGUUAUUCCAACGUUUUGUUCAAUGAAACAAUCUGAUGUUUGAGCUGCUCUUACAGUGGAAAUAGAUAGUUUUAUACUGCCAAGUUGUAAAAAAAAGAGACUCCAUUAAAUAUGAGUUUUGCACUUUAUUUUUUCUUUUCACUUUUUGAUAUAUCAUGCCAAGUGGUAUGUUAUGAAGGCUGAACAACAUUGGUUGACACUUGAGAACUGCAUUAGGCUUAAAGAGACCCAAAAUGAGCCAAAAAUGUGACACCUUCAUGACAUUCCAACUCUAUUUCCUUCUUACUUCCAUGAAACACAACAUGAGACAUUCGGCAGAAUAUCUGAGCUGCUCUUCCACUGAAACUACAUGGUGAUUUAUUCUGCCAGGCUUUAAAAACAAAAGACAAAAAAGCACCAUAAAUUGAUAGUUGUGCACCAUAUUACGAGACUUCUGAAGCCAUACCAUAGAUUUGUGUCCAAAAGAGAGCUCUAAAAAAUCUCAUUAGCAAUUAUGGUAAAUAUAAAAAGGCACUUUUUUACAUAUUGGAUGCUAAUGUUAUAUUGGUUCUCAUAUAUCACCUAAUAAAAUCAUGC